GCGGCGAGUCCUCAUUUCCGCUCCACGGCGGCGGUGUGAUGGAGGCGUGCAACACUUCAGAUGUGACUCUGAGAGCGUUUGGCUGUGAACACAACUUACUUUCUCGACCCGAUGGUUCAGCGUCUUUCGUCCAAGGAGACACGAGUGUGUAUGCUGCAGUGUACGGACCAGCUGAGGUCAAAGUCAGCAAAGAGAUCUAUGACCGGGCGACAUUGGAGGUGUUGAUACAGCCUAAAGUGGGAUUACCAAGUGUAAGGGAGCGAUCGCAGGAGCAGUGUGUGCGAGAAACCUGCGAGGCAUCUCUGCUCCUGUCACUUCACCCUCGCUCCUCCCUCACCCUCGUUCUUCAGGUGUUGCACGAUGAUGGCUCGCUCUUGUCUUGCUUUUUGAACGCAGCCUGUAUGGCGCUCAUGGAUGCCGGUCUGCCUAUGAGCUGCCUCUUCUGUGGAGUGACGUGUGCCAUCAGUGCAGACGGUCAGAUCAUCACAGACCCCACUGCUGCUCAGGAAAAGGAAAGUCGAGCUUUGAUGACCUUUGCAGUUGACAGCAGAGAACGCAAAGUACUGAUGUCGACAACCAAAGGAUCAUUUUCAGUCCACGAGCUGCAGCAGUGCAUAGCAGUCAGCCAGAAAGCAUCAGAGAAGAUGUUCCAGUUUUACCGGGACUCUGUCAAACGGCGAUACUCCAAAAACCUCUGAUUAUGAAUGAGCUUUUUCUAUUUUCUUUUUUUCCACUGAUGUUGUAAUAAAAUAUUUACCUCAGACCACCUUUUUGCGUCAACUGAGCCGGUGAUUUCACAGGACACGCGACAUUUGAAAUAAAAGAGCCAAGAAAUAAAGAUGAAAGUCAAACAAG